GGCCAUAAAACAUGCUAAAGAGAACCCUGACAAGAAGCACAACAUCCUGGGCACAAAUGCUAUCAUGGAGAAAAUGAAGGUCAUGGGACUUCGUCGUCAGCGCAACUAUGCCGGACGCUGGGACAUCCUUAUUCAGCAGGCCACGCAGUGUCUCAACAGGCUCAUCCAGAUUGCUGCCCGCAAGAAACGCAACUACAUCCUGGAUCAGGUACUGCCAUACUUGCCUUCCUCUGCGCUGUCCUCACAGCUAAAGCCCUUCCCCUUCCUUCUCAACCCUCCCCCCAAAAAAAACACAUCCACUUCUGCUCACUGAUGCACAUGUUCAUUAAUGCACUUCUGCUCUCUCUGUAGCAUUUGUUAGCCUAUUGUUCUCCUGAAGACUUGUUUUUCCAGUCCUUAUUUCUUUGUCCUGAACAUGUUGCUGAAUUAUAAUUUGUUUUGUUUUGCUUAAAUGUAAAAAAAAUUUGAGCAGGGAAAGAAUACAGUGUAGUAUGUUGUCGCAAUGAAUAUUUUUGACUUUAUGUAUUGCCUUGUUGUAAAAAGAUCUUUGCCACACUGUACAAGUAGUCCAUGACAUUAGUAAGAUGUUGAAAAACAAGUAAUCACUGCCUGGUGAGUAAGAAAACAACUUCUGUUGCUAUGGUAACUGUAAAGAAAACGAGAACUUUUCAUUAGAUAAACUUGGAACUUUACUUGAAUGUUGUGUUUAAAAAUGAAUGGCAGGUAAGUGGAAAAACUAACCUGCUUGAAGUUUACAGGUGGACAGUUCCAGAGGUUGUAAGGUAGGUAAGGUCAUGGACAUGCUAAUGGGUCCCUAAGGAGUCUGUGAGUAUAAACGGGUAGGUACUAAAUGUUUGUCCGUGUCGGGCACGCUGGUCUAUUGAACAACGGGUAAAUGAAGGUAAGGAAGGGGACCCAGGCAGUGCAUGACACUGAAAUACAGAAGUGAGGGUUAUUUACAUUCUUCAGAAGUUUGAAAUGAGUUCCUUGUAGUCAGAGCAAUAUGUACCAGCAGAUAAUGUGUUAAAAUCUGUCAUUGAUGUUUGGAAGUGGUUGAUGUACUUACAGUUUAAGCAUGACCAAAUGUUUGGUUAGUUUAAAGGGGUCAUAUGAUUUUGCUAAAAAGAACAUUAUUUGGUGUAAUGAAAAAUGUG